UUGCGGUGCAGUGUCAAAUAUGUAAUGUUGGAAUACAAUGUUGUUAAAAUGUUUUCUAUCUAUCUGUGUCAUAUUUGUUGCAAUUUAUACAACAUAUUUUCCUGGUCGGCAUGCAGUGCACUAUAAUUACAUAGAAGAUGAACUAAUUUCCAGUGAACUUUUAAUAGAAAAACGAACAAAUAUCGAACCUAACCUCAAACCCUGUAAUUAUUAUGAUUUAAUCGUUAAUAAUUACGAGGUUGACAUUAAUGAUAUUUAUAAUGAAAAAGAUAUCCACGCACCUCAACCAGGGGGAUGGUUUAGACCAACAGAAUGUGAUCCGCUAGUCAAAGCUGCCAUAAUCGUUCCAUACCGGAAUAGAACAAAACAACUUAAAAUAUUUCUUAAUUAUAUGCAUUACUUUCUACAAAAACAACAUAUAGAAUAUAGGAUCAUAAUAGUACAUCAAAAUGACUCAUUGCCCUUCAACAGAGCAAAAAUGAUCAAUUACGGCGCCAAAACAGCAAUGAAUUUAAAAUAUGAUUGUUUAAUAUUACACGACAUUGAUUUAAUUCCACUAAAUUUGGGGAAUAUUUAUGGAUGUGUAAAAAAUCCUAGACACAUGUCAAGCAGUCUGGAUACAUUUAGAUAUAAUUUGCCAUAUCUAACACUGUUUGGUGGUGCCAUCUCAAUAAGCUCCGAACAUUUUAUGAAAGUUAAUGGAUUUUCAAACAUGUUUUACGGCUGGGGAGGUGAAGACGAUGAUUUUUACAAGCGUCUUAAAUUAAAUGAUAUAUCCUCUUGUCGAUUUUCACCAAAGCUCAGUAAAUACAUUAUGCUAAAUCAUAAAAAGGAGAAACCCACAAAGGACCGCUACGAACGUUUAAAAUCUUCCGAAGAAAGGUUCAAGAGUGAUGGGGUAUCUCAACUUUCCAGUAAUUAUGACAUUGUAAAUAAAAAUUUAUACACUGCUAUAUAUGCAGCCUAAAUAAGGUGUAAAUAUUUAUUUAUUUAACCAAAGAAAAGUAAUUUAAUAUUUAAAAUGAUUUAUUACUAUUUGCAUAUAUGUAUAUAAUUCCAAAGUAAUAAAUUAAUUACAUAAAUUGUAACCAUAUUUAGAAAUUAGCAAUUGUAAUAAAUCAUUACAUUUAAUAUUAUUUAAUUUAUUUAAUAAUAUAUAUUUGGUUGUAUGUACAAGGUAAUGCUACUUAUUGAUCAAUUUUACCUCGAAGUCGAAAAGAUGCUUAGAUAUUUUACAAUUAUUCACCUUAUUCUUAGGGAGUCACUGCAUCAAACUAAUAUUACAUAGAUUGAGAAUUAUAAAUUAGUACAAAAAACUAGAAUAACAGACCUUUAUAUAUAUUAUACCUUUUAUACGUAUUCAAUGUUAUUAGAUAAAUAGGCACCUGUUAAGUAUUUUUGUGACGUCACACCUUAUUGUUGUUUAUGUAUUCUUGACAUACGAUGUAGAAUGUUUGUUUUUGUUUAAUAAAUAUUUAAUCAUA